AGUCCCCAGUCUACAUACUUCUUUGUCUAUGACUGGCACGAGACGUUCAUACACGUAUCUUGUUCGAUAAUUUCGUGGAAUUUAUUUAUAAAAACUGAUAUUUUUUUCUCCAUGGAGAAUAAACUGCAAUUUGGUGGUUAUCCUGCUGAAUACGAUCCUGUGAAACAUGGGCCAUAUGAUCCUGCACGCUAUUAUGGAAAACCUGACACUCCUUACUUGGAUUUGAAGCUCAAAGAAGUUCCUGGCUGGUUUGCAAGACGGCAAAAAAGUCCACAGGCACUUAUAGGAGUGUUUUCACGAGCGUUUUGGCGUUGGCAACAUAAGUACGUACAGCCUAAACGAACUGGCAUAGCUCCCUUCUUUCAAGUUGUAGUUGCUUCUAUGUUCGUGUUUUAUGUAAUGAAUUAUCAAAAGCUACGUCACCAUAAGCUUUACAAAUAUCACUAAUUGUGCUUGAUUAAUGAUAGUGUCUGUAUUUAGACACUUCCAUAGAUGAUAGGAAUAAAAGCGAUUAUCCUUCAAUUGUUCAUGAAAGGUAUUCAAUUGUUUAG